ACAACACAACUUGUUUUUUAUACUACUGUUUCUAAUUUUUGUUGUUUUAUUGAGAUCUCUGAUAUUAUAAAAACAAGCCAUGUCCACCCGUUUGAGCGUAUCCGAAAGCCUCCAGGUACCGGCGGCCGCAGUGAAACCGCACCUGCGGCCCUGGGAAAUAGCUGCGUGGUCUCCGGACCGCCAGGCCAGCAUCCACUCUGACUGGGGCAUGUUUUUCUCCCGCCAGCGCAGAUUCUCAACCGCCCUCGGCUAUGUGGAUAACUCCUUGGAUCUUGAGCCCUUCAACGCGAGGGCUCUUGUGCGCCGAAGCCAACUGAAGCGGACAAUGGGUCUGGCGCCGGAGGCUUUGAAGGAUUGUGCCAAGGCUGAAGAUCUGCUGCUGCGUCGGCAGCCACCGGUCAUCAGUCCGCACAUCAGCUUGGAGGUUAGCGACGCUCUCUACGAGUCGAAUCGGCUGGAGGACACCAAGAUGAAGCUGCACGGCCACCUGAGGCGAUUUAGCUCAGUUCAAGCCAUAGCCGCCGCCAAACGUCUGAAUGUGCUGGGUGAGAACUACCAUGACGUCUUGUCAGACGAAACUACGAUUCCAGUUCAGCGGAUGGUCAAACGAAUGAUGGAUAGACUGGCUAAUCAGCCCAAGGAAGUCAAGGAUACCUGCGAUGUGGUCAGCAUAACGGAGAAAGAGGAAAGACAUCUGUCUCCACUGGAAAAAGCCCGACGCGAUCGGUAUUUCAAGAUUUAUAGUGCGACAUAUCUGAACAAAGCCUGGGUGGAUGUGGAAUUUCUGAAGAAGCUUCGAAGCGAUCCCAAUGUGCAUCCAGAACACUGGAAAGAGUCAUCAGUGCACUUGAAGAAAUUGUUGGAAUCCAACUACAAGUCAGCGCGAACUCUGACGAAAAUGUUGCACACCCGGUGUCCCAUGUACGCCCUACAUCAGCAAAAGUAUCCCAACGAGGCGUUGUACAACAAGCAAAAGGACGAAAACCUAUACCGUAUCCAGCACCAAACGAGAAGGAAUAUUUACAAGAUCCUGCGCACCAUUCGACUGCUGAUACGAGCUGGUGAGCUCGAUAAGCUGACAGUGUUUAUUGAAGGGGUCAUGGGCGACUACGUCACCACCAAAACACAGCGCCUAAUGCCGUGGAAAUUUGAAUUCACUAAUGAGGUCUACAACUACCUGGGUCUGGCCCGCAUUAAUGAAUACAAAACUCCCAGCAAAAUUAGUGUUCAGCAGGGUAGACAACGUCUGUUGGCCCUUUUUAGAUUGCCAAAUAAGAAUACGAAAGCCGAAAAUACGAAGCGACCAAACACGCUGAAUAUACCGAGAUCCGAUACAACAGACCCCAAGGCAGAGAAGUUUAUGAAACAAGCAGCCCGAUUGGAGAAUCGCAUGCGAUUCGCUGAGUAUCCCCUGGAACGCGCCUAUCUGCUACACGAGCUGGCUCAGGCGCACCUCGAAUACAAUUCAUUCGAUGCAGCCUGCUCCAUGGCCCGCCGGGCCCUGGAUGAGGCUGAUCAGUGCAAUAGUGAUGUGUGGAGCUUCCUGAGUCUGAUGGUCAUAUGCAAGUCACACGCGAUUCUGGGCAAGGUCGAGCGCCUAAAAGAUACCUUGGCCGAGGCCCUUUCGCUGGCCAAGAAGAUGAAGAACCUGAACCUGUGCCUGUUCAUAGAGAUCUGCAUCAGAGUUAAUUUGGAGGAGAUGGAUCUGAAAAGGCUGACCAGCAUCGAGUGGGGCUCGAAGAGGCAUAGGUCCAGCGGGUUACUGCUUACGGAGGGUGAGGAUCGCGACCAAAUUGCCUAGAUAAAGUGCAAGGAAUGCAUCUGCGCAAUGGAGAAAGCGUUCUUGA